AUGGCAAAUAUAAAUAUCGAUCGAUUGAAAACAUUAUUUCUACCACAUGGUCUUAUAUAUAUUCUUUUGAGUUUAGUUAUCAUUUGUCUUCUUGUUUUAACUAUUGUCUAUGCUGUUUUAUGGCGUAACAGUCAAACUUCUUCUACCAGUAUUUAUGCAGUUGCAAAUGGAAUUAUUGGUUAUCCUAUUGAUUUACCUAAUGAUGGUCGAUAUGUUCAAUGGAGUUUUUUACAAAUGAAUGAUGUUUAUGAAUUAUUACCACUUGAUGGAGGACGAAAAGGUGGUUUAUCUCGUGUUGCUUAUAUACGAAAAUUAUUAAAACAAGAAAAUUCUAAUACUUAUACAAUUCUUUCUGGUGAUCUUCUUUCUCCAUCUGCUUUAAGUGUAUCAAUAGUAAAUGGAACAGCUUUAAGUGGAAAACAAAUGAUAUCAACAAUGAAUACACUUGGACUUGAUUUUGCAACAUUUGGAAAUCAUGAAUUUGAUUUAUCUGAAAAAGAUUUACUUACUCGAAUGAAUGAAUCAAAAUUUACUUGGAUUAGUACUAAUGUAUUUCGUCUUGAUAGUAAUCAAACAUUUGGAUCAAGUAUUUCAUAUAAAAUAAUUACUAUUGAUACUGUUCGAAUUCUUCUCAUUGGUUUAACUAUGGAUGGAACUGGUAGCUAUGCUAGAAUCAUCAAACGAUCAUCAUUAGUUAAUUAUGUUCAAGAAUUUUUAAGAUCAUUACCAAAUACAACAUAUGAUGUACUUGUUGCUAUAACACAUUUAGAUAUGGAAAUAGAUAUUGAACUUGCUUCAAAUAUUCCACAAAUUAAUAUUAUUAUUGGAGGACAUGAACAUGAUAAUUAUUAUUAUCUAAGAGGAACAAAAUAUGUACCAAUUUAUAAAGCAGAUGCUAAUGCUUUUACUGUUUAUAUACAUCGUUGUGCUUAUAAUUUAGAUACAAAACAUUUUCGUGUUUAUAGUAUAUUAGCACAAGUGACAUCUGAAGUACCAGAUGAAGAAAAUACAGCUGCAGUAGCAAAUUAUUGGUUUAAUUUAGGUAUGGAAGGAUUUCGAGCAUUAGGCUAUGAACCAAAUGCUGUUGUAUCAUGUUUACCUGCUGGUAUUGAACUAGAUGGAAGAGCUACAUCUGUUAGAAGUUCUAUAACACUUUUAACUGAAGCAAUAUGUGAAAGUAUGUUACAAUUAACAACGAAAAAUUCGACAACUAUUGGAGUUAUUAAUGGAGGAGCAGUACGUAUUGAUGAUAUUCUUCGAAACAAAAUUACACAAUAUGAUGUCAUACGUACAUUACCUUUUAGCAGCGUAGUUGUUGUUCUUUCUAUUCCUGGUCGAUUACUUGCUCAAGUUCUUACUACUGGUAUAUCUUUGAAAGGAAAUGGAAUGUAUCUUGCUUAUACUAGAGUAGAAACAUCAGAUGGUGGUAAAACAUGGUUAUAUAAUGGAACAGAUAUAUCAACAAGUGAUCUUUAUUAUAAUGUAGCAACAAUAGAUUAUGUACGUAAUACUACACAAUUAAAGAGUAGAAAUGUUACCACAUUAUAUAACACUAAUAUAACACUGGCAAAAUGUUUAUUAGAAUAUUUAAAAAUCAAAUAUCCUCCUUGUUAG